AUGCGCAGACCGAGGCUGGGAGGCGGCGGUGCGGGCGGCUCCGCGGCUGCGCGGGCUGCGGGAGGGGGCGGACGCGUGCUGGCGGCGGCGGCCGCGCAGUACCGACCCUGCGCCCGCGGCGCCCCUGCUGCGGCCCGAGCGGCCGGGCUGCGGGAUCGGUGGAUAGCGAUGGCGCGGUCGCGCCGGCAGUGCCCGAGGGCCUGGGCGCCGCUGCUCUUGCUGCUGCUGGCCGGGCCCGUCGCCUGUGCCGCCAGCCCCGCGGACGACGGCGCGGGCGCCGGGGGCCGGGGGCCCCGGGGCCGCGCGCGGGGGGACUCGGGCUCCGACGAGGCGGUGCCGCGCCACGACUCCUCCUACGGCACCUUCGCGGGGGAGUUCUACGACCUACGCUACCUGUCCGAGGAGGGUUACCCUUUCCCUACUGCUCCUCCUGUGGAUCCAUUUGCCAAAAUCAAAGUGGAUGACUGUGGAAAAACUAAGGGAUGCUUUAGAUAUGGCAAACCGGGCUGUAAUGCAGAGACCUGUGACUACUUCCUUAGCUACCGGAUGAUAGGGGCUGAUGUGGAAUUUGAGCUGAGUGCAGACACAGAUGGUUGGGUAGCAGUUGGAUUCUCUUCAGACAAGAAAAUGGGUGGUGAUGAUGUCAUGGCCUGCGUCCACGACGACAACGGCAGGGUGCGCGUACAGCACUUCUAUAACGUAGGCCAGUGGGCAAAGGAGAUUCAGAGAAAUCCUGCCAGAGAUGAGGAAGGAGUUUUUGAGAAUAAUCGGGUCACCUGCAGAUUUAAACGGCCUGUGAAUGUUCCCAGAGAUGAAACAAUUGUUGAUCUGCAUUUAAGUUGGUAUUAUCUGUUUGCUUGGGGUCCAGCCAUUCAGGGCUCCAUCACCCGACACGAUAUAGACUCACCACCGACUUCAGAGCGUGUUGUCAGUAUUUACAAGUAUGAGGACAUUUUUAUGCCAUCAGCUGCCUAUCAGACCUUCUCCUCUCCAUUCUGUCUGCUUCUCAUUGUUGCCUUGACCUUCUACUUAUUGAUGGGAACCCCUUAACCACAGCUGCAAAGCCAACAGAUUCAAUGCAUUAUUAGAAAGUCUUUAGUAUAUUUUUAAAAAAUAUGCAGUAUAAUUUUAGCUUCUAUUAUGUAAAAAAAAAGACUUAUAUGAUUCAGCUUUCUGGAAGAAAGAGCAAGUUUCUUUUCUAAGCGAAGAGGAUUGUUUAAUAAUGACCCCAUACUUUGGGAAAGUACUUAAAACUUUUCUAAGCACUCACUUUCAAAUAUGUUUUCUUAUUUGAGCUUCCCAACAUCUCUCAGUUGGCUUGAUGAACAUUAUUAUUGCCAUCGUACUGAAUGGGAUUUGAGACCCAGGAAGGUUCCCUUUUUAUGACUCUCGUGCCAUGUAGCCUUGGCUACUUGGUAAGAUAACACAUAGCAAGGUAGAGAAAGCUAGGCAUAGAAACCAUGUCUCUAAACAACCUUUACUCUUCCAACUACAGCUCAAGAGAGUUACUUGGAGUAAUACUAAGGAGAACUUCACUGGAUGGCCCAAGUUCACAGCCAGCCUUUUAGGCAGAAGAACUUUCAAAUUUUCAUAAAGCAUGAAGGCAUUUGGAUACUUACACAGCUAAUGAGGAGAAUGAUGGAGAUAAUAGUGAUAUGAAAAUGGUUCAUAUUUAUUUGAAGUGUCUUCUGGAUUAGUAAGUAGCUAAAAGAACACAUUUUUUUUUGCUGCUUGGAAAGGUUAGAAAUGGAACUGUGAGUGUUCCUGAAGAUGUAAAAUUAUAUUAAUGAUAAAAAAAAUGGGCAUUCUUAGAAGUUAGAAUUUGGACUCUACUACCACUGUAUUUAAUAAAUUAAGGUGUUCAUUUGUGGUUACAGCUAAUUCUGUUGUCAGUCACCAUAUAUUGAGUAUGAUUAAAUGUGUAUUAUAAUAGACAAAUCAUCUUGAAUAUUCAAAGCAUUUUGAUAAUAAAUUAACAUUUUUGGAGAUUUGGAGUAGAAACAUUUUAAAGAUGACAUUUUUUUAAAAUUAGCAAAUGCGAAAUGACCCAUCAAGUGAAUUUACUUAGAGUAUCCGUUCAAAUGUUCAGACAUAAAUUGGAUUGGCAGUCAGCAUAAUUUAUAAUAAUGUCUUGACUUAAUGCAUUUUCUUUUUUCAAAGGAACCCAAAUGUUCCUUUAUUCCAACUGACUGAGUUAACAGCCCAUUUAGAGGAAGAGUCUCUGGGUAUAAUUAUGCUGCUGAGACAUUUCCACUGUAGAGUUAUGGAGUCUUCUGGCUCCCCCCCAACUCCCCACCCCAUUGCUUUAAAGUUGGCUUCAACUUUGUGGUUUUUGUGAUUAACAACACUGGAGACUGUGAUUUCUAAUGCCAUCCUUGGAAUCCAUGUCAGAAGUGAAAGGCCGCCUCUCCUUUGGGAGAAGCUUUCACAUUCUUCUGGCACUGAACAAAAAUAAGGAAAACAGGGCUUCCCUGGUGGCGCAGUGGUUGAGAGUCCGCCUGCCGAUG